AUGGCUAUGGAAAACGACUCCUCCGUUUCAGAGUUUAUCCUUAUGGGAUUAACAGACCAACCUGAGCUCCAACUGCCCCUUUUUUCCCUGUUUCUGGUGAACUAUGCAGUCACUGUGGUGGGAAACAUGAGUUUAAUUAACCUAAUUUGCCUGAAUUCACACCUUCACACUCCCAUGUACUUUUUUCUCUUUAAUCUGUCAUGCAUUGAUUUCUGUUAUUCAUUUGUUUUCACCCCCAAAAUGCUGAUGUGCUUUGUUUUGGAGAGGAACAUCAUCUCCUUUGCAGGAUGCAUGACUCAGCUAUUUUUCUUUUGCUUUUUUGUCCACACAGAGUGCUAUGUGCUGACAGCCAUGGCCUAUGAUCGCUAUGUGGCCAUCUGUCAGCCUCUGCUAUACACAGUCUUUAUGUCUCCUAGAGUCUGUUCUCUGUUUAUGUUGGGCUCUUACUUGAUGGGGUUUGCUGGUGCCAUGGUCCACACAGGGUGCAUGAUCAGGCUUAACUUUUGUGAUUCCAACAUCAUCAACCACUACAUGUGUGACAUCUUUCCCCUUCUCCAGCUCUCUUGCAGCAAUACCUACUCCAAUGAGCUUGUGAGUUCUGUUGUUGUGGCAACUGUUGUCAUUAUAUCUAGCCUCCUUAUCUUAAUUUCUUAUGGUUUGAUUCUUUAUAAUAUCACUUGUAUGUCAUCAACUAAGGGUUGGUUCAAGGCCAUGAGCACCUGUGGUUCUCACAUUGUAACUGUUGGCCUCUUCUAUGGAUCUGGGCUGCUCACUCAUAUAAAGCCAUCAUCUUCUGGGUCUGUGGGCCAAGGGAAAUUUUUCUCUGUGUUUUAUACUCUUGUGAUACCCAUGCUGAACCCCCUCAUUUAUAGCCUCAGAAACAAGGAUGUCAAACUUGCUUUGAAGAGAACCUUGAAGAGGAUAACAAGUUAA